AACUCCAUUUUAUUUCAGAGCGCAGCUGAGCCAGCCCGCUCCUCAACACUCUGCCGUCUGCACCGCUGUGGCUGGGACCGGGCAGUGCUGCACAUCCCAAAGGCCACCAAGUCACACCCGUGUCCCUGCUGCUUUGCCGGGAGCUUCUGCGAUGCGAGCGAUGUUUUGGGGGCUGAUCUCUUGGACUGCAGCUACUCCAUGCCUGACCGGCAGCUGGUCAGGAGGGUUGCGUCCCAGGUGGAAUUCCACCUCUCUGACGAGAACCUGGCCAAGGAUGCUUUCCUCCUGAAACAUGUCCAGAGGAACAAGGUGGGCUUUGUCAGCAUCAAACUGCUGACGUCCUUGAAGAAGGUAGGCAGCCCGUUGCGUUGGCCAGCCGGGGUGGGAGUUUCUUCGACCGGCUUUUCGGUAUCAUGGGUCCCCAUCCCUGAGUCCCUGCUGAGCAUCCACCCCAGCAAACUGCUGCUGGCCUGGGAGCUGCUGCUCCUGGAGCAGGACAUGCUGCUGCUGCUCCAGAAGAAUUUCCUCAAGACCAUCACGAGGAUGUUCAGCCCCUUCGGCACCAUCGCCUCCAUCCGCAUCCUGCGGCCGGGCCGCAAGCUGCCCUCAGGUGUGCGGAAAUACACGUCAGACUUCCCCGAGCUGCUGAGCAAGCACUGCGCGCUGGUGGAGUACAAGAGCCUGGGGAGCGCUUCAGCCUUGAGGAGCCUUGAGGACCUCGGCCGCCAGAGCGGUCCGUGUGGCGAGAGCAUCAGGGUGGUCCGGCUCUGCGGGAAGGGCUCCAAGAAGACACCCGGGGCCGAGAGGGAGGUGGCGGAGGAGCUGGUGGACCAGCCGGGUUGGAAAGCGCAGGCGGUGGCCGCGACCUUCCCCGACGGCCUCGGGGACUCCCUGCUCUGCAGCUCCCCGGAGUUGAACGGUGCCCAGGCGUUGCCACCCCUCCUCCUGCACAAGGACCCCUCGGCACCCUCCCGGCCCGGCAGCAACUUCAAGCCCAGCAAUUUCGGCAACGGCUUCAAUGGAUUGCUCCUCGCCAGCAAAGUCUUCCCUCCACUGGGGACAGGCUUGGGCACAGGCAGCUGCUACGGCCUCUGCUCCAGCACUGAGAGCACCCGUGGCUGCGGCUGGGGGAGUGGGGUGGGUGCCUGGGCACCCUGGCCCAGCAGCCCCUCUCCAGAUGCCAAACCUCUUGCCGGCAAUCCUCCGGCAGCGACGUGGGUGCCUGAGCCCCUCGGAUGCGGAAACUGUCUCCUCCGGGAUCAACCCAAGCCUCCUCCCAGUUAUCUCUCAGAGUCUUCUGACCUCUGCUUUUGGUACCGGAGAUCGCAGCUACCUGCCUCAGGCUCCUCCAACUGGUCCGAGCUCCACAGCCUUCCUGGACUGGCCUUCCACCUCCGGAGCCUCAGGCACCUGCGGGGGGGGGACGGACUGACUGACAGCGGCGGGGCGGGGGUGUCGCCCCCCCUCCAGGCGCUGGGGGACGGCAUCGCAUCCCCCUCGGCCGCCCCUUCCUUCCCCAGGCAGAAGAAACGGACGGACACACGGCCAUGGGGGCUUCCUCCCCUGAACCGCUCCGCUCUGCCACAGGUUGCCGCCAGGUCCCCGCUAGCAACUAGGAGCAUCAAGGUCCGCAGUCACCAGUGCCGACAACACGGCACCGGUGCCACGAGCCCAGGGAAGUGGGACAUCCUCCUCCUGACAGAACCAGUGCUAAAGAAGACCAACUCACGGAUAGCUUCCCUUAUUUAUGGCUUUUUCUCCGUCUGGUCACCUCUCUAUCCAUUCCCUGGUCCUCACCGCUGUUCGUCUCAUUGUACAGCCCCCCAGCAGAAGGGACCGAACCCUGGUGCACUCAGCCUGUACCACGAGCAUCGCCUCAUUCUGCCAGACACAUUACCCUGUCAGACGGCCACACGUCGCUACUGCUGCAGUAACCACCAGUAA